ACAAUACAUGUUGCGCAUAUAAAAAGUACCUUAAGAAGGCGACAAAAAUGUUUAAAUAAUAUCUUUAAAGUAACGUACAUAUAUUGCUCUAUAUUUUUUUUAUCAACCAAAAAGGAAACAUUUACUCAGUUUUAUAAGCACAAACGUAUGCGAAUCAUUUAUAUGUAAACAGGAGCUGAGGCAAAGCAAACAUAAACUUCUUUUUUUAAAACGCCAUUUGUUAAUUACCUGGAAGGAAUUAAAGGCACAUCAUAUACGAAAGAAUUCGCAACACAGAUUUUUUUCAUACGUUGUACAUAUUCUACACAGGAGAUAAAAAUGAGUUCCACGGUAGCUAAGAAGUUUAUUCCCCUGAUGGACAGAAUCUUGAUAAGUAAAAUCGUUCCCAAGACUACGACGAAAUCGGGCCUCUUUUUGCCUGAAAGUGCAACGGAACCAUCCUACACGGGCAAGGUUUUGGCGGUUGGGCCAGGAAGGAUAACGAGCAAUGGAAGCAAAGUCCCCCCUAGCGUAAAAGAAGGCGACGUGGUUGUUUUGCCGGAAUAUGGCGGUUCUUCCUUAAAAAUCGAUGGGGAAGAAUUUUUUGUUUACAGGGAUGAUGACAUAGUUGGCAUUAUCAAAGACCAGUAGGAACAAGUCGCAUGAGCAACUCAUUACAUCGGUGUCUACUUGUAAUGGGUCCCUUUCUGCAACGCUCGCAAGUGUGCAUAUUACUUAUUUACAUAACAGUUUUGAAUAUCCCCAUUUAGCAUUUUUAACGUUGAUUGUGUUUGUGGAUAAUUGCAUUUUUUUCUUUCAAACUGUUCGUUUUGUUCGUAAAAAUUGUGAAAAUGGGAACACGCACAAUUGCUAAAAUGUGGAAAGUUAAUCAUACGUACUUUUUUGCGAAGUGGGCUAGCCAAGGGUUGACUCAGACAUAGCAAAAAAAA